CGCAGGCAGCAAACACGAUGUCGGACAUGUCAGAGUGUGAACAGGCCAAAGAGUUGGGCGCCAUCAACAGUACCCUGAGUAACCAGAGUAAACAGGCGUUCGCUGACUGGGCGAGACACGAUGACGCUCAGGACCACUUCUGUGAGCUGGACGAUGAAACCUCUCCAGAUGCAGAGUACGUGGAUCUGCUGCUGAAUCCGGAGAGAUACACCGGAUACAAAGGUCCUUCAGCCUGGAGAGUCUGGAACAGCAUCUACGAGGAAAACUGCUUCAAGUGAGACACACACACACACACACACACACA